GUAUGCAGAGUCUAUUCAUGUCGAGCGCGAUGUCUGCCGAUGCUGGACCUAGUAGCAAUUGGACGAAACUCAAGCUGACGCUCGAUGCUCAAUCUCGAGACAAAGGCAAAGAGAAGGAGACAAGAUUCUACGAGGGAAAGUCGAAGAAAAGAAAGGCACUCAAAGGGGUCGCAGCGUAUGUGCGGGGACCAGCCGAGCCUACGUCAGUCGAGAGGGGGGACGGACAUGUCCCGUAUUUAUUCAUCCACUCGAAAGUCAAGACCUGACGUUCACGACGUAGCGAACCGUCCUCUGGACUUUCCAGAAUAGCAAACAGUUCAAACAUCAAGGCUGAUGUGGUGUUUCAACCUGCUAAAGAAUACAGUCCUCUAGUCGGCGAAUUGAGGGAGAUGAUAGCGGGCACGAAUGUCUUGAACGAGUCGCAACGAGCGCCAGGCAAAUAUAUAGCUGUAGAUUGCGAAAUGGUUGGUUUAGGACACAUGGGAUCUGAGUCGGCUCUCGCGCGAGUCUCUCUGGUCAAUUUCCACGGACAUAUCCUCCUCGAUACGUUUGUUGCGACCCGUGAGACCGUCACAGAUCUUCGGACAUGGGUAUCUGGCGUCAAGGCGUCUGAUCUGAUUGGUGCGCCGACGUUUGAAGAGGUCCAGAAGAUGGUCGCGGGGCUGGUCAGUGGAAAGAUUCUUGUGGGGCACGCAGUUGCAAACGAUCUGAAGGCACUACUACUUGAUCAUCCUGGACCGAUGCUUCGAGAUACGCAGAAGUGCCCAGCACUACGAGAACGAGCAAAAUCAAAAUAUCCCUCUUUACGCAAACUGACAGAGAUGGAACUUGGCGUCAGUAUCCAGAAGGGUUCACAUUCCUCCGUCACGGAUGCUCGAGCUACAAUGGCUCUCUACAGGUUACACAAGACUGCUUGGGAGCAACAACUGCAUCGGAGUACAGAGGCUUGGUUAAUCAAGUCGGCCAAGGAAGGCAAGAGGUCUAGAGCUGGAGAGAGCUCUGGGGCGGGGCAGGCGGAGGCCGUCACAACGCAAGACGAGGAGGACAGUGCGCCGAGCAAGAAACGGCUGAAAGGCGACGGGAACCAAAGUGGCCGUAAAGGAGUGAGCUCAGGAUUAGGCAAGAUCGUCAGGUCAGGUAUAUUACGGGUAGAAGGAAAGGGUGAAAAGAGAAUGGCUCGGGCGCAUGGAGGCAGCACCAAGAGCUCGGACGGAGGCGGAGGAGGAGCAAAGUGGUGGGAGGCGAGCGCAUAAGGUGAACAGUGCCCCAAUUGCUAAACGACUU